ACCAUCUUCCUUCCUCUCACAACAAUCUUCUUUUGUUGGACUACUUCCUGUUCCUUUUCUUCCAUCUCUAUCAAUUCUAUCGUGCUAUACAAGCACAACAGAAUAGAGGAUCAGGUCAAUAAAUAGCAAGCAUCUUUGUCAUCGCUAUCGGAUAGCAUUGCAAGUUGCCACUAGACAAAUCAGAUAACUCCACAACUCACAUCACUUCACAUUCCUUUUCAACAUGAUCUACGUAUACAAGAGAGACGGACGCAAGGAGGCUGUCAAAUUUGACAAAGUCACCGCACGCGUUUCCAAAUUAUGCUAUGGUCUCGAUUCAGUAUUCAUUGAUCCCAUCGAAAUUACCAGAAAAGUCAUUGACGGUAUUUACGAUGGUGUCACAACAGUUGAACUUGACAAUUUGGCUGCUGAAACUGCUGCAUACAAGACUACAACACAUCCUGAUUAUGCCGUCUUGGCAGCACGUAUUGCGAUCAGUAACUUACACAAAGAAACACGCAAAUCAUUCAGUCAAGUCAUCAAAGAUUUGUUCGAAUACGUCAACCCACGUAACGGAAAGCAUAGCCCAAUGAUCUCAGAAACAACAUAUAACGCAAUCAUGAAGAACCAAGCACAAUUGGACUCAGCAAUCAUUUACGAUCGUGAUUUCCACUACAACUUCUUUGGUUUCAAGACAUUGGAACGAUCAUACCUCUUGCGUAUCAACGGCAAAGUUGCUGAAAGACCACAACAUAUGUUGAUGCGUGUUGCCGUCGGUAUUCACGGAGAAGAUGUUGAAGCCGCAAUCGAGACAUACAACCUCUUGAGUGAAAAAUACUUCACACAUGCAUCUCCAACCCUUUUCAACGCUGGUACACCAAGACCGCAAAUGUCAUCAUGCUUCUUGGUUUCCAUGAAGGAUGACUCUAUUGAUGGUAUUUAUGAUACACUCAAGAUUUGUGCUAUGAUCUCCAAGAGUGCAGGUGGUAUCGGAUUAAACAUUCACAACAUUCGUGGAACAGGAUCGUACAUUGCAGGUACAAACGGAACAAGUAAUGGUAUUGUUCCAAUGUUGCGUGUCUUCAACACAACUGCUCGUUACGUCGAUCAAGGAGGUAACAAGAGACCAGGUGCAUUUGCCGUUUAUGUUGAACCAUGGCAUUCAGAUGUGUUUGAAUUCUUGGACUUGCGCAAAAAUCACGGAAAAGAAGAAGUACGUGCACGUGAAUUGUUCUAUGCUCUUUGGAUUCCAGACUUGUUCAUGAAACGUGUUGAAGAGAACGGUGAAUGGUGCUUGAUGUGCCCUAACGAAAGCCCUGGCUUGGCCGAUUGCUACGGUGAAGAAUUCGAAAAGCUUUAUGAAUCAUACGAAAAACAAGGCAGAUAUGUCAAGAAGAUCAAAGCACAAAAGUUGUGGUAUGCCAUCCUUGAAUCACAAACAGAGACUGGAAACCCAUUCAUGUUGUACAAAGAUGCAGCAAACAGAAAGAGUAACCAAAAGAACUUGGGUACCAUCAAGAACUCCAACUUGUGCACAGAAAUCAUCGAAUACUGUGCACCUGAUGAGGUUGCUGUAUGCAAUUUGGCAUCAAUUGCUUUGCCUACAUUUGUUGAUCCUGCCACAAAGACAUACGAUUUCAAGAAGUUACACGCAGUUGCCAAGGUGAUCUGUGGUAAUUUGAACAAGAUUAUCGAUAUCAACUAUUACCCAGUCGAAGAAGCACGCAGAUCUAACAUGCGUCAUCGUCCUAUCGGUAUCGGAGUCAACGGUCUUGCCGAUGCAUUCAUGAUCUUGGGCAUGCCCUUCGAUUCACCCGAAGCACGUAAGCUGAACGUUCAAAUCUUUGAAACAAUUUACCAUGCUGCUUUGGAGAGAAGUUGUGAAUUGGCCAAAGAAUUGGGAACAUAUGAAACAUACGAAGGAUCCCCUGCAAGCAAGGGAGAAUUGCAAUAUGAUAUGUGGAACGUUACACCUUCAGAUCUAUGGAAUUGGUCUGAACUAAAAGAAAAGAUUGCAGAGCAUGGUUUACGUAACUCUCUCUUGUUGGCACCUAUGCCAACUGCAUCUACCAGUCAAAUUUUGGGUUUCAACGAAUGCUUUGAACCUUUCACUUCAAACAUUUACACCAGACGUGUGUUGGCAGGAGAAUUCCAAGUUGUAAACCCAUGGUUGUUGCGUACAUUGGUCGAACAAGGAUUAUGGUCAGAAACGAUGAAGAACAGAAUUAUUGCUCACGGUGGAUCAAUUCAAAACGUUCCCGGUAUUCCAGAUGAUAUCAAGAGAUUGUACAAGACAGUUUGGGAAAUCAGUCAAAAGGCAAUCAUUGAUAUGGCAGCUGAUCGUGGAGCGUUCAUCUGUCAAAGUCAAAGUUUGAACAUUCACUUGAGUGCACCUACUUUCGGACAAUUGACAAGUAUGCACUUUUAUGGAUGGAAGAAAGGAUUGAAGACGGGUACUUAUUACUUACGUACAAGACCUGCUGCCAAUGCAAUUCAAUUCACAAUCAGUCAAGAAGAACAAGUUGCCGCUAAAGCAGCCAAGAAGAAAGCUGUUGGCGCACCUGCACCAGCAAAAAGUGAACAAGCGCGAGCAUUUGUUGCCGCAAAGGCAGAUGGAGAUGUUGAAAAGGUUACCAGAAGUGUUGGUCAGAUGGGCAUUGAUGCUUCGAUCACACGUGAUGGACCUGGAGAUAAUCAACUUUCUCAAGAUAGCGGAGCAUCAACUCCUCUAUCCACUCUUGUGAACGAAAGUGAAAAGAGUGAAAGUGUCGUUGACCCAAAAGAAGAUGAAGGAUACAAACGUGCUUUGGCAAGACAGCGUGAAAGAGAAUUAGCAGAUGCAAAACUACAAUGUUCAUUGGAGAACAAAGAAGCAUGCUUGAUGUGCAGUGGUUGAUUGCGUUUUGUGUUCUAUUGUUGUAUUACUUUCUCUUCUCCGUCAUUCAAAACAUAUCAUAUUAUCCAUACUUACAUCAUUGUAUGACAGUCUAUCUUUUUCCUUUGCUCUUUCAUCUUUUUUCUGUGUUUAUUUUCUCUCUCUCAUUCGUACGACAAUCAAUGUAUAGCUUUUCUGCAUAUGCUAGUGUGAAU